UGAGGGGGGGGGUGUAGAUGGAGGAAAAUACACCUGUUAAUUGGAUAUUUGAAUGAACGGAGCGCCGCAAACGUUUCAUUUUCUCACCUAACGGGAGGCGUGGACAUGCGCGAGUGCCAGUCACCCUAAACCCGGAGUAGAUUCACUGGCCACCGAAAGGCAAUAUAGUAGAAAAAACAGAAAAAAACAAUGAAAGAAAAGGAGAUGCCGGUUAGGGAUUAUCUCUAUAGGGUUAUUUCAAUCGAAAGGCUCAACGUCGCGGUAUGCACGGGUUCCUAUGCCUCGACAGGGGGAGAGGUCGGGUUCGAAAGGGAAUAGGAAAGACACUGAAGACAGGAAUUAAAUGAUGGAAAAAUGGUGGUUCACAACUGCCUCUCGGGAGCGCUUGUGGAAACUAGUUUUGCGUCACAGUUCCACUUCUCCCGCGAGUGGUAGCUGUCCGGUGUUUGGCCUUAUUGUUUUCGCUUGACACCGCGCCUAAACUCCGAGUGACACAUCAUACCGAUGAAGUAAUUAAUUCCAUUACUGAACUGCGACCGUGAACCUGGCCCUGUGCGUAGGCCUACGUUAGGAACUAGCGAUGUAGACUUUCUUGCUGUUUUUUUUUCUGGAAAUGAAUAUAAAUUUUUGGUGAAGCGAUCAAUCAGUCAAGCAGUGAAGUGAAUGCCUUUGAUCCUGGCGAGAAAGUACCCAAAGAACGCGAUAAACAACUGGUCUGAGAGGCGCUUAGCUUGCACAUCACGUAUACUGCGCGCGGCUGCCCCGGGCCGUAGGGUCUCCCGAAUUAAGUUCUGACGCUUUCUACAUCUAAUUACGAGAUCGUCGCCUGGAAUCCGAUCCCCUUAAAGCACCACCUGGUCGGUUCACUUCAGUUCGGUGAGUUUUAUUUCGCGGUCCGGCCCCUUCCUCUUCCGCCGGUGAGCCGGGGCGUCCGAAGCGAGCAAUACUGCCUGGACACCGCGGGGGCCGGAAGGACGCGACGUGCUCCUGCUUCCACGGCAUGGGGGGCAAGCACGCCCACCUGACCGGCCCGGAAGCCAAGGUAGGUGGACACGAGCUCGGAGAGACUGAACCUUUCGUAGUCCUGUAGGGAAUGCGGCAGCGCGGCGGUCGGCCCCUCGCAGUGCGGACGGCGACGACUCUCAGCGACGACCCUCGCCUCGCAGCAACGACGAACGCUAACCAGACCCAGUCGUCGAGAAGCGAACAAGAUCCCACACGGGCGACAGCAAAUCCACAGGAAGACGAAACGAAGACAGUAAACAGGAGGAAUCAACGACAAUGUACACGCGACGUCUCUCCACGAACUCCUACGGGGAAUACAACCCGAGUCGGUCCGUUCUCGAGGAGGAGCUGGAGGAGGAACUUGGCAUGGCCGUCCUCUCUCAAGCGCAGAGGGAGAGGAAGCACAGCAUCAUCAGCAAUGCCUUCAGCGGCCGUCUUGCGCGUGACCUCAGUCUGCAGACCUUGAAUGUCCCGUACACCAAAAAAUGGAGAGUUCUCCUCGCGGUCUUGCUCGGCGUCACCAUGAUCGGCAUCUGCCUCCUGGGUUUCUACGCCAGCACCAAAGCCAGGACGAGGGAACACGUGAAGGACGAAAUCCAGGCCGCCAUCAACAAGACCACGACGCCGCCACCCAGGUCCGACGUCCUGUGGCGCCACGACAUCUUCAGCUGUUUGAGUGCCACCAACAGCACCUGCCCGGAAGGUUACAACCCCGUGCCCCUCCUAGUCAUUGGAAUCGACGGUUUACACCCCGACUUCGUAACCCCAGACGUGACCCCGGUCUUGUCUUACAUGAAGAGUUGCGGGGUCACAGCCGACAGCAUGGUCCCUGUCUACCCCACAACCACCUUUCCAAAUUUUUAUUCUAUCGGGACGGGUCUUUACCCCGAGAGCCAUGGUAUCGUAGGUAAUAAAAUGCAUGAUCCCAACACUAAGAAGGAAUUCGAAGCCACACGUUUUAGUCCUGACUGGUGGCUUGGCGAACCGAUAUGGAACACCGUGACCAAGCAAGGUAAAGAUGCAGCCGUCUAUUACUGGCCUGGGUCCGAUGUCUUCAUUGACGGAACAUAUGCCAGUAACUUCUACCAAUACCGCAAGACGGAACCCAUCGACGUACGAACCAAACAGGUCUUAAACUGGUUAUCCUCCUCUUCUGAUGAAAGGCCACAUAUCGUCAUGGUAUACUUUGAGAAGCCCAUGUCCGCCAUCCAAGAAUUCGGACCCUUCUCUGAAGAGGCGAAGCAUUCCCUCAGCCUAGUGGAUAAAGAGAUUGAUAAACUCAUGAUAGCCUUGCACAACAUCGGCCUCGCCCACUGCCUGAACAUCCUGGUGGUUUCCGACCAUGGGGCCGCCUCUGCCUCCUGCUCCUCUUCCUUCUACCUCGAGAGCUUCGUUCCAAACAUCACCGCGAAGGCACAUGUGUUCACAGGUGCCGUGGGAAGGCUUAGGGCAGUUUCAGGAGACAGAGCUGUGGAAGACGAGAUCUUGAAGGCGUCCCAGUGUAAGAACCCCAGAGUGCGAGUCCUCCCAAAGUCUCUCCUGCCACGAAGAUACCACUAUGCAAAUAACCCCCGAAUAGAAGAGGUGAUUUUGGACACGAAACCAGAUACUCGGGUUGUGACAGACAGUACAAAUUAUUGUAAGAAAGGUGAACAUGGAUUCAAUAAUCUGGAACCAAGGAUGCAGGCAACUUUCAUAGGGUUUGGACCAGACCUGAAAGUGAAUUAUACAGCGCGUAGUUUUCGGAAUGUUGAGCUGUACAAUCUGAUGAGUCACCUUGUUAAAGUCGAGCCACGUUCCAAUAAUGGCACAAUGGGCAGCCUGGACCACUUCCUACGCCAAUUGCCGCAGCGAUCCCCCCUUGACACACACAAGGAUCUCUUGGAGGAAGAAGUGUUGCCUCUGGCCGAAAGGCGAAAAGUUCCUGAGAACGCAACGGACGAAACGUGUGUUUGUAACUACGUAGAGCCAGUGGAACCUGAAAUAGAUUAUGUCAGUGCAAAUAUCAGCAGUAACAGUACCAACAAUGCGACCGAGACUGAGGAUUAUGACGACACUGCAAGUACUGUGAGCGAGGAGCUGAAAGUCAACCUGUUCCACCAGCAAAAUUUCCAUAAUCCAUGGGGUUUUGUGGGAUAUUCCAAUGCGGAUAAAUUAGAGGGAAAGAUGAAGGUCCUCUUGCAUACUGAUUAUGUCAUAGGUCUACAAGAGCAGAUAAAUCUUGGACUAUGGGUGAGCUUCACAAUCAACAAAACUAUAGUAACAGAGAAUGAAGACUCUGAAAAACCUGGGAGCACAGAGGUUAAUCAAGAGGAAACAGAGAGACCUCCACCUUGCUGGCAAGCAGACCAAAGGUUAGAAAGACUUCCAGAGGACCAGUGUGAUAAUGUGCUUAACCGUCAGGCUUAUGAGGAUAAGGAAAUAACUCUCAUGCAGUUAUAUCCAGAGGAACUUGAGACGCAGGAACUUCUGGCUGCAGAAGGUCAUCUUCUGUCUAACAUGGCUCCUAUGAGGGCUGGAUACUUGAAAGGUGCUUAUAAAGCCAUAGUUGAAGCUAUUCGAUGGUGGGCAGCAAUUAAAGGGGGAAUUAAUGUUGUUCUUGGUCCUGUCUUUGAUUAUGACCUUGAUGGGAGAAAGGAUAAUAUGGCAGAUGUUAUGAAAACAGUUAUACCACUGGUCCCAAGUGAUUACUAUUUAGUGAUUACCUCCUGUAAUGGUUCUCCAGUUGUAAAUUGUCCAGUAGAGCAGCUGGAUGUAUUACCAUUUGUCUUUCCGAACUCAGACGUCCAGGAUAAUUGUUUCAUGAGUGAUAUGGAAUAUUUGCAGUACCACUUAACAACAGUGAAAGACAUAGAGCUGCUGACAGGCUUGCGAUUCUUCAGAAAUGUUUAUAUCCGUGAUAGAGUAAUGCUUCAAACAGUUCAGGCAACUGCUGUGUGGGAUCUACCUGCAGAAAGAGCUUCAACAAGGAAAGUGAACAACAGAAUUGGCAAAUCAGAUAAUAUUCCUGUUGAAGAGGGGAACACAGAGUAAAGUGUAAUAUUUUAAGUGUGAAAGCAUUUUAAUUAAUAAGAUUGUGCUGAGAUAUACCUGAAUAUGUUAACUCUGCAAAUUAUUAAGCUGUGAUAUGAUGUAUCUGAUGUUACAAAUGGAAUAUAAAUUUCUGAUGUGAAAUAAUCAUAGUGGAAGCCUUAAUUCUACAAGAAAUAUAAUAUUUUUCUGUUUUUGAAAAUAUGGAGGCCCCAGAGAUUACACAUACAUUAGAAAGAUUUUUAUUUGCGGUUUAUUCUCAU